CUGUUCCUACUUCACUCCAUGGUUUUCAUUCAGGUGAGUUUUUGCCUUGCGCUUCUGCAGCUGAACAACACACGGAAGUCUCUUUAACUCCAGUAUUUUUAUUUUACUUAAGACAUAACUUCGCUUCAGUUUCAUUUUGCUUUUGUCCGUCGGUUUCGCGAGUGUUUAGCUGCAAAUGUCACCAUGACAACACGUACACACAGGGUCCGGGGACGUGUUCACUGGUGAACACCGUGCUUUGCUGUUGCCAACAUCAUGACUUUCUGAGAUGAGCGGAGUUCAUUCCGACAUCGACGAGCCAGACGCCUGUAAGGUGUGGAGCCAGUGAGCGUCCAUUUUGGAAGGUUGUUGUCCAACCAUGGCAUCUGUCUGCAGAAGAGGUCUGACUUGCCUACCUUCAAUUCCAAUCCGCAAACCUCCUUAGAAGAAAUAACCUUCUUAGUGUCAGAUGCACAAUGUCAGAGUCUUCCCAGGAUUCUCAAAGCACAAUGGGCAGCAAAGAUGAUGAUGAAGAAGAGUCUUCAGGGUCGCAGACCAAGCUUCCCAAACUGGAUUCUCAGUCUUUUGUACCGAGACCUCCAUCUUAUUCUAAAGAGACACAGGUUGUUUUAAAAAGACGUGUUGUUCGGAAAAUGCCCAUUAAGCAACACCGCACAAUCCAAGAGGGUAUGUAUUCUCCUGCUUGGUACACAGCCCUUCCACCCAAGCAGCGGGAGCCCCUCCAACUACCUACCAUACCGUCCACCUCUAAGGAUCCAACCUCUACCACUUUACCCUCUGAAAAACCUUUCCCUACCAAGAGUUCUGAAGAUACUGACCUCCACAAGUUCAGUCAAGAACACAAUAUGAAGAUCUGCUACGGAGGUGUGAUAUCCAUGUCCAAGGACGAGUCCGACUUUGUGACCCACGAGCGCUGGAACAAGGAGUACGACUAUCACUGCAAGCUCAGUCGCAUCUCUUUCUUUUCCCUCUUCAAAAAGUGGAAACCUUUUUAUAUCUGGCGGAAAAACGUUCGCACAAAGAAGCUUCUGGUGGCCAGGAAUAUCCUCCAAAAAAGUUUAUUCAUAGUAAACAAGUAUCUCAGUCCUGCACUGGUGGAAAUACGCAGAAUGUGUUGCCAAAUCAGCGAGACAGACUUGUGCCACUUGGAAGGAAGACAUACAUACACGCUGACUGAGUUCCAGAAUACCCAGUAUGCAAAGCAGCAGGAGGUACUAGCUGACCUGUCGAGGUUCCGAGAGCUUGUGAAAGAAGUAACACUUUGUUCCUGCCGUAGCUACUUGUCAGAUCCUGAAUGCCAGUCUAUUACUCCAGACAUUGUGAAAAGUCCUAUUCUAUUGGAGAUAAGCAAGACUUAUCUAUGUCAACAAAUCAUCUGUUUCAUCCGUCUCGUUGACUACAUGGUCGCCAACACUUUACACAUGUUGGUGGUGAAUGAAGUUGGGAAACUGCUGGAGACCCUCCAGGAGCAGCUCAGUCAUAAUCCCUGUCCUGCCACAAUAAAAAGCUGGGGUCGGCAAGUCAAAGCAGGGUCGGAAUGGACCGACACUGAGCCGGUGGAAGCUAGUGCAGCCGUCGGAAAACCACUGUUCAUGUCCCAACUGGUGCUGGAUGUAAAUGCCUUGACAUACAAACCGUCCAAAGAGAUAUUUCAGGAGGCUUUAGAGGAUAUUAUCUGGCAGUAUGGGGACACUGUACUGACAGUCAAAACACUGACGGAAGAUGGAGAUCUAAGAUCACUUACCCAUGAGGUAUCAGAAAGUAAAUUUCAAGUUGGUCCAAGUUUGAAAUCUAUAAUAGAGAACGGUCACCUCCGCAGCAUCAUCAGAGACAUCAGAGAAACAUUUCAGUGCGCCUUUGACGUCGCUGAAAUGUAUUCGAGCACAUUUGAGCAUUUCCAACAGUUUUAUAAGGAGAAUGAGAGUCUGAAUAUGGAAACGCUUCGGCAACAGGAGCAUGGCCUGGAUUUCUUUGGAAAGUCGCUUGAGUUGUACCACAGCGAGCACAAACUGGCCUUGGCCAUACGUAAGACCCGUCAUCUCGGCUUGCUGCUUGUCGACAAGAAACAACUGAGACGAAAGCUUGUAACUUCGCCCCUGCGCUGCUUGGAUGUCGUUAAUGAGAUGCUCACUCAGCUGGCUAAAAGGAAGCUGGACGCUGUUAUAGCCGAAGCUUGCGAGGCCCAGUUUAACCUCGAGCACACUCCCAAUACCACAACAGAGCUUGCCAACUACUUGAUGCUCCUGGAUCAAAUUCAAGACCGGAUUCCAUUCCUUGAGGAGGAGGAGGAGACUGUUCAUCAGAUGUACAAUCUCAUUAAGCAGUAUUCGGUCCCUGCUCCACCCGAGGACCUUGUUCUUUUUGAGACGAUGCAGAGCACCAUUAACUCUUUAAAUUCCAUUGUUAACAAGGCUGCAUCAAAGAGGGACGCUAACUUGGAAAUUCUCUGUAGCUCCCUGCAGAAUGACAUCAUAGAACUGAACUGCAAGGUCGGGAAAGUGAAGCAUAAGUCAAAGGAUCGAAGAAUCCUUGACAUCAAUUCAAAUGUUGCAGAAGUUCACACACUGCUGGAUGACAUCCAGGUUUCUGUAGAUGAGCUGCAGGCGCAAGCUUCUGCCUUCAAGUCGUACCAGAAAAAAUUCAAGGUGGAGGUGACCAGGUUUGACGCUCUGGAUGAGUUAACGUCAGAGUUCCGACUGAUGCAGCUCCUCUGGAAAUCUCUCGAGGAAUGGGACAUUUUGCAGGCUGAAUGGACUGAGUCUAAACUGGAGGACUUAGACUUGGAACAGCUGACCUCACAGGUCAACAAAUAUACCAAGUAUUUGGUCCAGCUGGAGAAGGGUCUUCCUCGCAACAAUGUGGUACCAAUUUUGAAGGAGAAAGUGGACGCUAUGAAGCAGAGGUUGCCGUUGAUCAUUGAUUUACGGAACCCCUGCAUGAAACAAGAUCAUUGGCUGGCAUUGGAAACUGUUGUUGGGAAACCCCUGGACAAGGAUCAUGCAUCCCUGGCAGCGCUGGAGGAAAUUAAUGUCUUUGCUUAUGGGCAAGAGAUCCAGAAGGUGUCGGGACAAGCUUCAGGGGAGGCAUCGGUGGAGGGGAUUAUUGCAAAGGUUGAGGACAUUUGGAAGACAACUGAAUUUACAGUCCUCUGUCAUGGCGACUCCAAGGAAGUCUUCAUUUUGGGAGGCACAGAUGAGAUUCAGGUGCUGUUGGAUGACAGCAUCAUCAACGUAGCCACGGUGGCUUCGUCCCGCUAUGUCGAUCCUAUCAAGCCCAAGGUUGACAAACUCACCAAACAGUUGACACGUUUCAAUAAAACACUGGAUGAAUGGCUCACAUGCCAGAGAAAUUGGCUCUACCUAGAAAGCAUCUUUGUUGCACCAGACAUCAAGAGGCAGCUUCCCGAGGAGUCCAAGAAGUUUGUGAAAGUGGACAAGUCCUGGAGAGAGAUCAUGUACAAAGUGAAUAAGAUGCCAAACGCUCUGAGAGCCGCCACGCAGCCCGAUCUCUUGGAGACUUUUCAGAGAAACAAUGAGCUUUUGGAUGAGAUACAUAAGUGUCUGGAAGACUAUCUGGAGUCCAAGAGAGUGAUAUUCCCUCGAUUCUAUUUCUUGUCCAAUGAUGAGCUCAUUAAUAUUUUGGCACAAACAAGGAACCCCCAGGCAGUUCAACCACACCUGAGGAAAUGUUUUGAUGCGAUUACACACCUUGAGUUUGCUUUACUCACCGAACAACCAGCCGCAGCAGGAGGGACUAUCCUGGAAGGUGUAGAACCAAGCGGAGAAAAAGUUUACAGCAAAAACAUCCUCAGUAUGGUCUCCCCAGAGGGAGAAAAGGUUGCUUUGACGAAAGGUUUGAAAGCACAAGGCAAUGUAGAAGACUGGCUUUGCAAAGUGGAGGAGGCGAUGUUUGUGUCACUUCGACGCCUGAGCAAGGCAGCUAUCACUGAUUAUGAACUGAGGAGUAGGGAAGAGUGGGUCAUUGCUGGCCACGCAUCUCAGGUGGUGCUGACGAUCUCACAGAUGAUGUGGUGCAAGGACCUGGAUGGCUGUCUGGAGGGAGACCACGAUCAUUUUGCUGCUUUGCAGGAAUUUGAACACACAAAUAUUGAUAGGCUUAAUGCACUGGCUGCUCUGGUCCGAGGGAAGCUGCCUUCUUUACACCGAAAUAUUGUGACUGCCCUUAUUACUAUUGAUGUCCAUGCCAGGGACAUUGUUACUGAUCUUGUCCGGCAGAAGGUGGACACCAGGACCAACUUCGAAUGGCAGCGGCAGCUUCGGUACUAUUGGGACAUUGAUAUUGACAACUGCGUGGCCAAGAUGGCGCUCUCUACUUAUAUUUAUGGCUACGAAUACCUUGGGGCCUGUCCCAGACUGGUGAUCACACCACUCACGGAUCGUUGCUACUUGUGUCUAAUGGGAGCACUCCAGUUAGACCUGGGGGGAGCUCCAGCGGGGCCAGCGGGGACUGGCAAAACUGAGACCACCAAAGACUUGGCUAAAGCUUUGGCUAUCCAGUGUGUUGUUUUCAACUGCUCUGACGGUCUGGACUACAAGAUGAUGGGACGCUUCUUCAGUGGCCUGGCUCAGUCCGGAGCGUGGUGCUGUUUUGACGAGUUCAACCGGAUCGAUAUUGAAGUGCUGUCAGUCAUUGCCCAGCAGCUGAUAACCAUACGAAACGCCAAGGCCGCAAAGCUGACCAGGUUUCGCUUUGAGGGCAGAGAUAUCAAGUUAGUGAUGACAUGUGCUGCAUUCAUUACCAUGAACCCGGGCUACGCUGGAAGAACUGAACUGCCAGACAACCUUAAAGCUCUCUUUAGACCCAUAGCUAUGAUGGUUCCCAACUAUGCUCUCAUCGCUGAGGUGAUUUUGUACUCGGAGGGAUUUGAGUCCAGCAAAAUUCUAGCGAGGAAGAUGACCCAGAUGUACAAGCUUUGCUCCGAGCAGCUGUCCCAGCAGGACCACUACGACUUUGGCAUGAGAGCUGUCAAAUCUGUUCUGGUCAUGGCAGGGUCCCUGAAGAGAGAUAACCCACACCUCAGUGAGGAUGUGGUCCUCAUCAGAGCACUGAGGGAUUCUAACCUGCCAAAGUUCCUCACGGAUGAUGCAGUGCUUUUCGGUGGCAUUUUGUCUGACCUCUUCCCCGGUGUGGUCAUUCCCGAGCAUGACUACGGCAUCCUGCACUCCACCAUUCAAGACUCGCUUGUGAAGAAAAACCUGCAACCCCUGGACAGCAUGAUCAAUAAGGUGAUCCAACUCUACGAGACGAUGAUUGUCCGCCAUGGUGUCAUGUUGGUGGGGCCCACCGGUGGAGGUAAAACCACAUGCUACAAGAUACUGGCAGACACAUUGGAUACUCUUCAUGGUGCAGGACUCAGUGAGAGCAACCCCUUCUAUCAACCCGUCAGGAUGUAUAUUCUCAAUCCUAAAUCCGUCACCAUGGGGGAGCUCUAUGGAGAGAUUAACAAGUUAACGCUUGAGUGGGUCGAUGGACUCAUGGCGCUGAGCGUGCGAUACGCAGUGAAUGACACGAGUGAUGACCAUAAAUGGGUGAUAUGCGACGGACCAGUCGACGCUCUGUGGAUUGAGAACAUGAACACUGUGCUGGAUGACAACAAGAUGCUGUGUCUGGCCAACAGUGAACGGAUCAAGCUUACCCCAUCCAUACAUAUGGUGUUUGAGGUCCAGGAUUUGGCUGUUGCCUCUCCGGCCACUGUCAGUCGCUGUGGGAUGGUCUUCAUUGACCCUGAUGAGCUGAGGUGGAUGCCGUACGUUCAAACAUGGAUCACAGGUCUUGGCUCCAAGCUUCCAGAAUCAGUCCGGACUUUCUUGUUGGAGUUGUUCGAGCAGUAUGUGGACAGUGGUCUUCAAUACGUGUGGAAAAAUUGCACACAAGCCAUUCGUCAGGUGGACAUCAGUAAAGUCCACACUCUAUGUUCCCUGCUGGAAGCUCUGCUGCUGGGGAAAAAAGGACCAGAUCUCAAAAUGGAUGCUGAGAAGCUGAACUCACUUCUCACUCAAACGUUCGUGUUUUCCUAUCUGUGGGCCGUGGGAGGGAAUCUCAACAGCGCUCACUGGCCAGAUUUUGACAGCUUUGUCAAAAAGCAAUUUAGUGACAGGGAGGAAAUUCAGGUCCUAAACAACACCCCGUUGUGGAACGUGUACAUGAACUAUGCUCAAGGUUGCCUUGAGUCGUGGGAGAAGAUAAUCCCUCAAUUUAGGUAUGACCCGGAACAACCGUUCUUCGAAAUGCUGGUUCCCACCAUGGACACCGUCUGCUACGGCUACCUGAUGGAAAAACUGCUGUCAGUGCGACGAUCUGUUCUUUUCACUGGCGCCACUGGCGUGGGAAAGUCUGUUGUAGCGCGGGGGCUUCUCAACAGCAUCCAGGAAAACGCAGGCUAUGUUCCAGUCUACAUCAACUUCUCAGCUCAAACAUCAUCAGCUCGUACUCAAGAAAUCAUCGAAUCUAAACUGGAGAAAAAGAGAAAGAACCUUCUCGGUGCUCCUGGCAAGAAGAAGGUGGUAGUUUUCGUGGAUGAUCUGAAUAUGCCCAAACUGGACAGCUAUGGUUCACAGCCCCCCAUCGAACUGCUGCGGCAGUUCCAGGACUUUUCAGGCUUCUAUGACAGACAGAAGUUUUUUUGGAAGGGAAUAAAGGAUAUGACAAUUGCUGCUGCCUGUGCACCGCCAGGUGGAGGACGCAAUCCUGUGACUCCGAGAUUCAUCCGUCACUUCACCAUGCUGUGUCUGCCCACACCGUCGGAGCAGAGUCUCAAGCACAUCUUCAAAGCCAUUUUGAUCGGCUUUCUCAACGAGUUCACUGAUGAAGUGAGAAACUGUGGCGGCCAGAUUGUAAACGCUGCAGUCGAAAUCUAUAAUCGAUUAAGUGUGGAUCUCCUGCCAACCCCUGCUAAGUCACACUACGUUUUCAAUCUGAGGGAUCUGUCAAAGUGUGUUCAAGGCAUUUUACAGACCGAGCCAACUCAGAUUAGAGACAAGAACCAGAUCUUCCGUCUCUUCUGCCACGAGUGUCAACGCGUGUUUCAUGAUCGCCUCAUCAACAACGAGGACAAAGAUUAUUUCAACGGCAUCGUCUGUCAGAUGGCCAAAAAGUAUUUUGACAUCAAAAUGGAGCCGUCAUACUUUGUAACCAAUCCGAUCAUUUUUGGGGACUUUAUGAAGGUUGGUGCCGACAAGGAAGAUCGUGUUUACGAAGAUCUUACUGACAUGGACAAGAUCCAGGGCGUCCUUCAGGACUACCUUGAUGAUUACAACAUGACGUUCUCCAAGGAGACCAAGCUGGUUUUCUUUCAGGACGCCAUUGAGCAUGUUUCAAGAAUUGCCCGAAUGAUUCGACAAGAGCGAGGGAACGCUCUGCUGGUUGGUGUGGGAGGAACAGGCAAACAGUCGCUCACCCGUCUGGCCGUCCACAUUUGUGCAUACCAGUGUUUUGAAAUUGAGCUGAGUAGAGGAUACAACUAUGACAGUUUCCAUGAGGACUUAAGGAAACUCUAUAAGUUAGCUGGAGUUCAAGGAAAAGACACGGUCUUCCUCUUCACGGACACUCAGAUUGUUGUGGAGGAAUUUUUGGAGGAUGUGAACAACAUGCUGAACUCUGGAGAGGUGCCCAACCUAUUUGAAAAAGAUGAGUUGGAGCAGGUUUUGGCAGCUACACGGCCCAAAGCCAAAGAGGCUGGAAUUAGCGAGGAGAACAGGGAUGAGGUCUUCCAGUUUUUUAUUUCUCGCGUACGAGAGAAAAUGCACAUUGUGCUGUGCAUGAGUCCGGUAGGCGAUGCAUUCAGGGCCAGGUGCCGGAUGUUCCCGUCCCUGGUCAACUGCUGCACUAUCGACUGGUUUGUUCAGUGGCCUCGAGAGGCCCUGCUGUCCGUCUCAAACGCCUUCUUCCUUAAUGUGGAUUUUGGAACAGAGGAGCUGAAAAAAAGCUUCUCCACUCUGUGCGUUGAGAUACAUGUGAGUGUCAGUGUGAUGGCUGACCGUUUCUACGAAGAGCUGAGACGCCGCUACUACACCACGCCAACCUCUUACUUGGAGCUUAUCAACCUCUACCUGUCCAUGCUUGAGCAGAAGAGGGAGGAGCUUGUGCUGGCGAGGGAUCGUGUGAAAAACGGUCUGAUGAAGCUUCUGGAAACAAACGACCUGGUUGAUACCAUGAAGGAAGAACUUUCCGCGCUGGAACCCAUUUUGAAAAAGAAAUCCUCUGAUGUUGAUGCCUUGAUGAAAAAACUGGCCGCUGAUCAAGAGAAGGCCGAUGAGGUGCGGAACAUUGUCAAAGAGGACGAGGCGAUCGCCAAGGUGAAGGCCGAAGACACACAGGCCAUGGCUGAUGAUGCCCAGAAGGACUUGGAUGAAGCAAUGCCAGCUCUAGAGGGCGCAAACCAGGCCCUCAAUUCUUUGGACAAGGCUGACAUUUCAGAGAUCAAAGUGUUCACCAAACCCCCAGACUUGGUCAUGACUGUGAUGGAAGCAGUUUGCAUCCUACUGAGCUGCAAGUUAGUACCUCCUUUCAGUGUCAUAUUCCUCUCUGAGACAUCUUCAAUACCAUGUGUUUGUCUCGACAGACCGGACUGGCCCAGCGCCAAACAAUUGCUGGCAGAUGCCAACUUUGUUAAACGUCUCAUGGAAUAUGACAAGGACAACAUCAAGCCUCAGAUCCUUGCGAAGCUGAAAAAAUACAUCAAUAAUCCCGAUUUUGUUCCAGAAAAGGUGGAGAAAGUGUCUAAAGCCUGCAAAUCCAUGUGUAUGUGGGUCAGAGCGAUGGAUCUUUACUCUGGAGUGGUCAAAGAAGUGGCACCUAAAAAAGAAAAGCUGGCCAAAGCUCAGGAGGAACUUGCUAUCACCAUGGCCACAUUGCGGGAGAAGCAGCAGAAGCUUUUGGAAGUGGAGAACCAAAUCAAGGCAUUGCAGGAUCAGUUCAACAACAGCCUGGAUGAAAAAGACAAUUUAGUCCAAACCAUGGACUUGACACAGGCUCGACUGACCAGGGCUGGAAAGCUAACUGCUGCUCUGGGGAAUGAGCAAGUGCGUUGGGAGGAAAGCAUCGCCAAGUAUGAGCAGGAGAUCAUCAACGUUGUCGGGAAUGUCUUCAUCGGCGCUGCUUGUGUGGCCUACUAUGGAGCGUUUACUUCUCACUACAGACAGCUGUUGAUCGACCAGUGGAUAAUACUCUGCCAGGAACUCAACAUUCCUAUCAGCGCUAACUUCAGCCUCAUCAACAUUCUGGGCGACCCCUUUGUCAUCCGCCAGUGGAACACUGAGGGUCUUCCUCACGACGUUGUCUCAAAGGAGAAUGGCAUUCUGGUCACGGAAGGUCGUCGCUGGCCUCUGAUGAUUGACCCGCAAGAUCAAGCCAACAGAUGGAUCCGAUCUAAGGAGGCUAAACACGGUCUGAAGGUGAUAAAACUAACAGAUCCUAGCUUCUUACGCACUCUAGAAAACGGCAUUCGCAUGGGCACGCCAGUGUUGCUGGAGGAGAUAAAAGAGACACUGGAUCCAGUUCUGGAGCCCAUCCUUCUGAAGCAGACCUUUAUGUCUUGUGGCCGUAUGCUGAUUCGACUGGGCGACUCCGAUAUUGACUACGACAAAAACUUCCGCUUCUAUAUGACGACAAAGUUGGCUAAUCCACACUAUCUACCUGAGGUUUGCAUUAAAGUGACAAUCAUCAACUUCACUGUGACCAAAUCUGGCUUAGAAGAUCAGCUGCUCAGUGAUGUGGUGCGUCUUGAGAGUCCACAUCUGGAGGAACAGAGGAAUGAGCUGAUCGUGCGCAUCAACGCAGAUCGCAACCAGCUGAAGGACAUCGAGGACCGCAUCCUCAAGCUUCUCUUCACCUCGGAGGGAAAUAUACUUGACAAUGAGGAGCUCACGCAAACCCUCCAAGAGUCCAAGGUCACCUCAGAGGCUAUUAAAGAGCGUCUGAGAGAGGCCGAGUCCACUGAGGAGAUGAUCAACACUGCUAGAGAGCGCUACCGACCCGUGGCUACCCGAGGCUCUGUCCUGUAUUUUGUUAUUGCGAGCUUGUCUGAGAUCGAUCCGAUGUACCAGUUCUCCCUCAAAUACUUUAAACAGCUCUUCAACACCACCAUUGAAACAUCGGAGCCAAAUGACGUGCUGGAGGAACGUCUGCAGAUCCUUCUGGAUCAAAUCCUGCUCAACUCCUACAUCAACGUGUCUCGGGGCCUCUUUGAACAGCACAAGCUCAUCUACAGCUUCAUGCUGUGUGUGGAUAUCAUGAAGCAGCGUGAGGAGAUCUCUGAGGCAGAGUGGCAGCACUUCCUGAGUGCAGCAGCCUCUUUAGAAAAGGAAUAUCCUGAGCGCCCAGAUGUACCGUGGCUUAGUGAUCUUGACUGGAGGAUGUGUUGUGAGUUGGAGGACGCACUGCCAUGCUUCAAGGGCUUUUGCAAGGAAAUCACCAAGACUCACAUACACAUUACACUUGGACGGUUUGAGGCGUCUUUAAAUCCAAAGGAGUGGCAGGACUAUGUGUCAGAGCUGCCACCACUGGGAGAAGCCAAAGGAAACGAGAUCUGUGGCCACUGGAAUGAACGGUUGGGUGCAUUUCAGAAGCUUGUCAUCAUCAAGAGUUUCAUGGAGGAAAAGGUGGUGUUUGCCUCGACAGAAUUUGUGAUUGUCUCCAUUGGGAAGCAGUUUGUGGAACAGCCCCCAAUUGACCUGGCCAAUCUCUAUAAUGAUAUGUGCCCCUCGACGCCCCUCGUCUUCAUUCUGAGCACUGGGUCCGACCCCAUGGGGGCCUUCCAGCGCUUUGCAAAAGAAAGGGGGGUUUUAGAAAGGGUGGAGUCAAUUUCUUUAGGUCAAGGACAAGGACCUAUUGCAGAGAAGAUGAUUGUGGCCGCUCUACUGAGUGGUAACUGGGUCUUUCUUCAGAACUGCCACUUGGCUGUAUCUUGGAUGUUAGCCAUGGAGGAGUUGAUCAAGACUUUCACAGAACCCGGCACAUCCAUCCAUGAGAACUUCCGUUUGUUCCUCAGUUCCAUGCCAACCAAAGUGUUCCCUGUUACAGUCCUACAAAACUCUGUCAAGGUCACUAAUGAGCCUCCCAAAGGGCUGCGAGCCAAUAUGCGGCGAGCUUUUGCAGAAAUCACCAAUGAUUACUAUGAAGAGCACGUGCUUCAUCGACAGUGGAGGAAGAUUGUCUUUGGGAUCUGCUUCUUCCAUGCAAUCAUCCAGGAGCGAAAGAAAUUUGGUCCAUUGGGAUGGAACAUUCGAUACGAGUUCAAUGACAGUGACAGAGAAUGUGCUCUGCUUAACCUCAGCCUUUACUGCAAAGACGGAAGUAUUCCAUGGGACGCGCUUAUCUACAUCACUGGUGAGAUCACGUAUGGAGGCAGAGUGACGGACUCUUGGGAUCAGCGUUGUCUCCGAACUGUCCUUAAAGGCUUCUUCUCUCCGCCCACUCUCGAGCCCGGAUAUGCCUUUUCCCCUUCAGGGACCUACUAUGCCCCAGAUACGGAUGAAUUGGCAGAAUGCAGGGAUUAUAUUGAAAGCCUUCCCAUCAUCGAUGAUCCUGAGGUCUUCGGCAUGCAUGAGAACGCAAACUUGGCCUUCCAGCGCCAAGAAACUCAGACCAUCAUCAACACAAUCGUGGAUAUAAACCCUCGGUCGUCAGCACAGCAUGGGGCUAAAAGCAACGACGAGAUCGUGUGCGAGCUCGCUCAGUCUAUACUGUCCAAAGUCGUGGAGCGUCUGGACAUGGACAAGGCAACGGACGCAUUGUUCGUCAAAGACAAAAAUGGGCGACUGAACUCACUGACCAUUGUGUUGGGCCAGGAGGUGGACAGAUUCAACAAUCUGCUGAAAGUUCUCAGGAUUUCGCUGAUCACCUUACAAAAGGCCAUUUCCGGAUUAGUGGUGAUGUCUGAAGAGAUGGACAGAAUCUACAACAGCUUCCUCAAGAACCAAGUCCCGUCCCACUGGGCCAACUCUGCUUACCCUUCUCUGAAAACCCUGGCCUCCUGGGUUCGGGACUUGACCUUCAGGACCUCCUUCAUCCAGUCUUGGAUUGAACACGGCAAUCCCAAAUCGUUCUGGAUAUCUGGGUUCUUCUUCCCUCAAGGCUUCCUAACUGGCGUCCUCCAGAAUCACGCCAGGCAUCACAAUCUGCCCAUUGAUGAGCUCAACUUCCGAUACAACAUGGUGCCCGAGUACAUAGACCAGGGGGCGGAGACCUACGAGUGCGAGAUGUACGAGGACAAGAAGUUACCAAAGCCAGAGAAUGGUGUGCUGGUUCACGGAAUGUUCAUGGAGGCAAGUCGCUGGGACGACGACAACAUGGUAAUCGAGGACGCAUUACCUCGGGUGAUGAGCUCAGUGCUGCCCGUGGUCCACUUCGAGCCGGAGCAGAACUAUGAGCCCGAGCCGGAGCUGUAUCACGCACCCCUUUACAAGACCUCCGCACGUCAGGGAACUCUUUCCACCACAGGUCAUUCAACCAACUUUGUUGUGACUGUUAUGCUGCCUUCUCACCGUCCUAGCGACUACUGGAUUUCCAAAGCAUCGGCUCUCCUCUGCCAAUUGGAUGACUGAAGUUUAAGUUAAGUUAAGGUUGUAUUUGCAGCUCUAGUUUCCUGCACCGAGAACGUGACUUGUACACAUAUACAGUAUUGUCAACUCGAUGACAUGGCAAUGUUCUCUCCAUGCUGCGAACGUCACAUUCUUCUAAGGCAAAACAACAGCAAGACAAUAGAUGGGUGUGUUUAGCGAAUACGUACUGCCCCCGGGGGAAAAGAUGAAGCGUUGGACCAGGAACUGUGGAUGUUCGAACAGCGAUGACUAAACACACAGAUGGCUAGCAAGUACAGGCUGCUGAACCAAGGGCAGGAGAAAGUACAGGGGGAGCGAUGAUAAUCCAAUGAUGGAAUAAGCGCAUGUAGCGACAGAAUACGGUUCCACAGACAGAGAAUGUGGAGCAGUGAGACAAACCCAGUGGUGCAAGUGAAAAAAGCAUAUGGGAACAUUCAACACUGACCGCUAUUAAAGAAGUAAACACAAACCGGAACUUACCUCAGGUUAUUUCUGUGUAUGCAUAAAAUGUCAAAUAAAAAGUAUCCACUGGAAUGUAUUCAGGCAUUGCUGUUGCAAUUCCCCCUCCAUUUCUACUACACUUUCUGCUUCGAUUAUUCCCAUUUACCUGCCUCCCUUAGUCUCAUCUUGCAACCAUGACUUCACGCUUUCUUAUGGUCACUGAGCAUCAGCCACUGAGCCUUGCUGUAUUCUACCUCUGAGUCAAAGGUUGUUUUGUCUGGUGACAUUAACAGAUCCCUCCAGAAUAUGACUGACUGUUGCAUGAUUCUGACUUGCCAUAUCUGCAGCAUGACUGCUACGUGAGUUUUCGGAGAUAUAUACUUACAAAA